CGCAGUCCACACCACAGCUCGCCAACCACCAUGAAGCCCGGAGCCCUGCCACUGCGCGUGCAGUCGCGGCCAGUGUGCCAACUGUGUGAGUACAUACUGCUGCAGCCUGUAUCGCGGCGCGCCUUCCUGACUGCGCCGACCCUGAAGACAGCCUCGAUUCGGAGGCAAACGGCGCGCACGCAGGCUGCCAUACCCCGGAUACCCGCCCGCCGCAUCCAGACGAGCUGGCGCAAUGUCGACCAGGCAGACUUCCCAGAGGCUGCUGUCAGCCCACAGUCGACUUCUGACUCAAUUGCUGCGGUGAAGACACGGCUGGCAGAGGUGGAGGCGCAGAUCAAGCACAUCUUCGAUUCGAACAAGGUGGAGGGCGAAAACACCAUAUACCGAAUUCUGGAGGGCAUAGAAGAGAUCGCGGCGUCUGCGAUAGCAAUUCGAUCACGGCAACCACCGCCCACAAAGACCACAAUCAGACAGAGCUCAGCUGGCGCGAUACUCUCCGGACUCAACAACGAAGAGACGCCCACACAGAAGAGAAGGUACACAAAACCACUCGGCCUGAACGAGCUUCCCACACCAACAUACCUCUCCAAGCUCGCCGAAGGCCUUUUGAAACACCCAACCGUCUUCAUCGGGCCCAACGUCCUCAAGAUCUAUAUCCGCCUGCAGCGCCUUCUCAACCGCCCGCACGCCAUCCCUGAAAUCCUCUACCUCUACGCCAACAAGCCCGUCCCACAAGAAGGCUCCUCCCCACCUAACUUCUCCAAACCCUCGCCCAAGUCCGCAUCGCAGGCUAUCCCCGCCGACCUCGCCGACGAGUCGCUCACAGCCGCCAUCGAAGCCAAGGACCUCUCCCUCGCCCUCGCAGUCAUCGACCACACCUACCGCGCCCCGGCCUGGACACGGCACCGCAUGCUCACCAAGAUGGGUCUUCCCGGUGUGCUCGCUGCAAUGACACCGCUCGCCAUCUACAUGAUUGCGCAGGAAUUGAGUGUAUACAGCGGCUACAUCGACCCAUGGACAUUCAAGAUGUAUGCCUUCGCCGGCAUGUCUACAUACGUUAUGUGCACCGGCACACUCGGCUUCGUCGCGCUGACGACCUACAACGAUGACCACGACAGAGUCGUCUGGCGACCCGGUGUGCCGCUCUUGGACCGCUAUGUCAGGGCCGAUGAGCGCGCGGCGCUGGAUCGGAUAGCGUGCGCCUGGGGGUUCAAGGAGGUGUGGAAGAGAGGUGACGAGGAGGGUGAGGAGUGGGAGGGGUUGCGGCAGUUGUGUUUGCUGAGGGGGAUGUGGUUAGAUAAGCCGGACUUGAUGCCUGGUAUGAACCCUGGGCGGUAAGUCCCUGGGCGACAAACCGUGGAGGAGGGUUGUAUCGAGAUAUACUGUAUAAUAUACCAAGAUUGGCGUGUCAAGGCACAGCAUCAAUUGAG